AUGGCAGUUGUCAACGAAGGCGCAUUGAAGAAAAUGCUCAAGCAAUACAAAUACAGGGACCUGACUGUUCGUGAGAUAACCAACGUCAUCUCCCAGUACAAGGACCUGAAGCCUGUUAUGGAUUCAUAUGUGUUCAAUGAUGGCUCCACUAGAACUCUGGUGAGCUUAACAGGAACAGUGCCAGUCAGCUACAGAGGAAACGUAUAUAACAUCCCAGUGUGUCUAUGGCUGCUGGACACCUACCCAUACAACCCUCCCAUCUGUUUUGUGAAGCCCACCAGUGCCAUGAUGAUCAAGACAGGCAAACACAUUGACGCCAACGGCAAGAUCUACCUGCCCUAUCUGCACGAGUGGAAACAUCCCCAGUCGGACCUGUAUGGUCUGAUCCAGGUGAUGAUCGUGGUGUUUGGGGAGGAGCCCCCUGUGUUCUCCCGCCCUACCACACAGGCCCCCUACCAGGCCUUCCAGGCUGCAGGACCCCCCAACCCAUCCUACAUGCCAGGUAUGCCAGCGAUCUCCUCGUACGGACCAAACCCCAACCCUGGUGGCUAUCCGGGGUACCAGUACCCUAGUGCAAACUCGUAUCCUGCCACAGCUGGUACUACACACUACACUAACCAGAUUCCUGCCUCCACUGUGGGCCCCAGUAGGGAUGGUACCAUUGGCGAGGACACCAUCCGUGCGUCGCUGAUUUCGGCGGUGAGCGACAAGCUUCGUUGGAGGAUGAAGGAGGAGAUGGACCGGGCGCAGGCCGAGUUGGACGCGCUGAAGAGGACCGAGGAGGACCUGAAGAAAGGACACCAGAAACUGGAGGAGAUGGUUUCACGGCUAGACCAGGAAGUGGCGGAGGUGGACAGGAACAUUGACCUACUGAAGCGUAAGGACGAGGAGCUGAGCGAGGCGCUGGAGAAGAUGGAGAACCAGUCGGAGAACAACGACAUCGAUGAUGUAAUCGUGCCCACGGCGCCACUCUACAAGCAGAUCCUCAACCUGUACGCUGAGGAGAAUGCCAUUGAGGACACCAUCUUCUACCUGGGAGAGGCGCUGCGCCGCGGGGUCAUAGACCUGGAGGUGUUCCUCAAGCAUGUGCGUCUGCUCUCCCGAAAGCAGUUCCAGCUGCGAGCCCUCAUGCAGAAAGCCCGCAAGACCGCCGGCCUUAGUGACCUCUACUGACCCCGCAGACACCCACACACACUCCCUUUCUCCCAGUCUCUCCCUCUGUACAGCUCCUCCUCUUUAUAUUUGUCUUUUUGUCUCUCUCGAUCUGUCCUCUUCUCUCUAAAAGACGUGCCCUAAAAUUGUAUGAAAAGAGCUAACAUAUUUCUUUUGUUUCGAACAUCUCCGAAACAUGCAUCUAGUUGGAUAACCAUCGUGGAAAAUAUGCAGUUUGAUAUGGAGCAAAUGUCUGCCAACAUUAAUUCUUGCAUUUAUUUGAAAUUUUUUGUACUGUAAAGUUGGAGUGGUAUCAAACGUGAGGUUCGAGAGUAUGUGUUCUGACAUUGUGUGACAGUUGCUGGUGUGAGUUUGUGCUACUUGUCCCGCUGUAAAGGAAAGCUUACACUCUGAUAUAAAUAUACGUCUCAACUAGGGAUGUGCAUCUCUCAUGAAAGAUUCUAGAUACAUGGGCUCUGAUACGAUGCAGGAAUGAUGCCUUUUUGUUAAAUUUUUGUUGUUGUUGCAUGAACACAUUUAAUUUUCAAUUUUAAAGAUAUAUCUGCUGCUGUUGGGAUGACUUCUCUAAGCUGAGUGGCUGUUUGUGUGUCAGUCGAUGUGUGUGUAGGCACCUGAGCUGAGCAAUAGGGAAGACUGAGCAUCUACUACCCCACUAUCAGAAUACGUGUGGAAGGCAAUUUCUGCUUUUUGUCCCCCCCCCUCCACUUUAUCAGAAAUCACCAUUACCCACUGAUUAACUUGUCAUUUUUGAAGAAAAUGUUUGCGCUAGUACUAUAUAAAUAUGUGUCUUUAGAAAUUAACAUGGCAUUUAGCUAAUUAAUAUAAUGCAGUUUUGGAUUUUACCCUGUCUCAAAAGCAAAUGGUUUGGACCGUUGAUCGCAAAAAUGAUUGCUGUCCAUUAUGAAGUUACCGUGUUCAUUUAAAAAUGACCAAAUACACUGACUGUUGAAAGCAAAAUUACCAAAACCUGAACAUUCGAAAUAGAAUCUGAAUGAGUUGGAUGUGAGUUGUCCACUCCGGUAGGCUACACAACUCCGGUAAAGCACAAUGUUCUUGUAACAAUGACCCAGCAAAUUACAUUGGUUGUCACUCAACUAAUAAAGCCUAUGAUUUGACAUUGUAAAGCCAUUGUGCAAGCAUCUGAGUGCUGAAGGUGUGCACAGAUGUAGAACAGGGACACGCCUGCCUUUUGUUGGCGUGAUCAGUUGUCUCUCGCACUAUGCCACAGUUAUAUGACAGCACAUACACAGUUACAUGCAUAAAAGUUUGAUAGGCUACUGAACGGAAGGAGAGGCAGCAUCAAUUGUCACAACAGAUAAGAGGUAUUUUUGGAGUAAAAAAAAAUAUGAGUUAACUUGAGAUUUGAAUCGGUUUUCUGACCGAUUCCUGCUUAAAUUGAUUUUCUGACCAAUAUAUGAUGCAUGCUUAAUUUGGAUUGCUUUGGGAUCCUGCAGACCGAUGCACAAGUAUCUUAAACAUUUGAACCAAGGACCGAUGCGUCUCUGAAUCGUUACAUCCCUAGACUCAAACUUUUAGGAAAUGACAAGGGUUCAUCUAGUCGGAGCAUACUUUCUCAAAGCAGGGUCGGGUUCAUGUUGGCACAAAACGGUUUGGAAACCUUUUAGAGGUACAACUUGAAUUACAUUUUUGUUGUAUUAAAAUGAAUAAUGGCAGCCAUUUGUUCCAUAUCCAACUGCAUCAAUGCUGAAUGUGGUGAGCAGGUGACCCUGGCUUGUGCUCCCUGUCCCCCUACUUUUUUAUCUCGACUAUUCUGUCAAUAUUGCUCCCAUUGGCAUCUGGAACAAUUGAGAAACGGCUUUCCACGUUAGCUGUUCAGGAUGAUCCUUCAGUCUUCCUUGAGCUGUGUCGUGCUUAUUAUGACACUCAAUAGACAACGUUUUCAAAGUUUUCGCAACGGAGAAGGAAAAUUCUAGUCCGUUCUUCUGUUUGGUGCCUAAUGAGCAGAACCAUGAUGGUCACUCGAUCAUGUCCAUUGUUUCUCAAGACUCCCCUAAGCCCCUGUACAGUGUCUGUAUGUUCAUGUUUGAAUGUGUCACUCUACUACGCGUUUCUAUUCAAAGGCGUCGAAAGGAAAAUGUAACUGUUUUUCUCUUGCUUCACUUAGUUGUUUAUUUUCUGUUUUAUUUCAAGUUUUCAGCUGUUCUAAGAGAUCAAUGUCUUUACCCUUUCGAUUUAUAUAAAGGUUGUGAAUUAGAAACAAGUGAUAGAUUUUUUUUUUUUUACUAAUCAGAAAUGUACUUAUCAAGUAUGUAGACAGGUCUCUUUUUAAAUUAACUUUGACUAAAUGCACUUUGAAUUGUAUGAUAUGCUGUAGUUUUCAGAUUACUUUCAUUUUCAACAAUAGACCAUCUGUUCUUUUUAUCUGUCAAAUUUUAUGUAAAUCAGCACAAUAAAAAUAGUCUGGUUUGCCAAAAAUUA